AUGUUUACCCUCGUCAGCUACACCGUGCUGGUGUCGGCUAAGGACAACGGAAUCCCCGCCAGGCUGGAAGCCCGAGCCCGACUUUACCUCGAAGUGGCCGACUCCCCAGCCCGAUCGAGGUCCGUAAACGACCUGCCUCGUGACGAGCCCGACCCUGCCAACGGUCCGCACGACCCUGAAUUCGGACCUUUGAACGCAGCCGCGGCUGGCAAUGCUGGUGCCGAGGAUCUAGUCGAUGCUCCAGACCAGCAGUUUCAUCGUCAGGCGACACCACAAACCUUCAGGCCUCCCAGAAAUAGGGUCUGGCAGUUGCUAGGCGCUGGGCUGUCCUGUCUGUUUGUGCUGCUUGGACUCGUCUCUGUUGGGCUUCUCGUCUUCCGGUGUCGUAAAAGCAGAUCCGCCCCACUUGCGACUGGUUUGGCCGCGGCAGGAGCGGCCAAGACGCUGCCAUGGCAACGUGGUUGGCCAGCCCUCCGAAAUGCUGCUUGGUGGUCACCCUCCAAUCUGGUCGCCUCGACAACGGUCGACAUGUCGAGUUCAUCCGGUUGCAUUGUCAAUCCGGCAGGCGCGGCAACUGUUGCCACGGCUACGGAGCUGGCAGGAGAUGCACUACCUUCCGGCGUAGCAGACUCAGUUCGUGGCCUUAGCAGCUUUCGGAAGGAGGGGCAAUUUGGUCUGAUUGCCCAGCCACAUUCUGUUGCCGCCUGUUCUGGAGCCUGCUCAAAUAGCGAACCAUUUUUUGAGACAACCGACAAGUUUGGCCCGAUUGACACCAACCACACGACACUCUUUUCCAACUGCCCACCAACCAUGCCUCAUUUCGGCAGAUCCAGUCCAAUGCUGCAGGCCGGAAGCUCAGGCGGUCGAAUGCCUUCUUCCGGCAGGACAUUUCAACUGGAUCUAUUUCAACAUUCACAGAAUCAUCAGCCUUAUCAUCAUCAUCAUCAUCAGCUGAGGCGGAUGCAGUGUGUCGACCAUCAGUCGGCAGAAAGUGAGAAAUGUGACUUGGUAUCCCGAAAAUUCGGUAGAUAUGAAAUUGAAAGAGUUGUGGCCUUUGUUCUGGUUGCUGUGUAUAAGUGGUUUGACAUCCUUUUCGUAGAUUGUUGUGUUGUCAAAUCGACGAGGCAUAAUGCACCUUGUCCCAGCGUCGGGUCAUAG